AUGUUGUUAUUCUAUCUAAAUAAAAUAUUAUUUAUAAUAUCUAUCUAUAAAAAUUUUUCAUCUAUAUAUAAUCUAUCUAUCUAUCUAUCUAAAUUUAUUUAUCUAUCUAAACAUAUUAUCUAUCUAUCUAUCUCUCUUAUCUAUCUAUCUAUCUAUCUAUCUAUCUAUCUUUUCAAAAUUUCUUUUUAUCUAUCUAUUGGUCGAUAUUUGGCAAUCUGUUCUUUUUUCUUAUUCUUUUUUUCUUUCUUUUUAUCGUUUUUUUCUUUUUCUCUUUUCUUUCUUUUUAUCCUUUUUUCUUUUUCUCUUUUCUUUGUUUUCAUUCUAUUUUCUUUCCAUCGUUUCUUUCUUUUUCUUCUUUUCUUUCCAUCGUUUCUUUCUUUUUAUUCUUUUUUCUAUCUUUUCUUUCUUUUUAUUCUUUUUCCUUUCUAUCAUUUAUUCUUUUUUUAUCUUUUCUUUUUUUUAUUCUUUUUUCUUUCCAUCUUUUUAUUCUUUUUUCUAUCUUUUCUUUCUUUUUAUUCUUUUUCCUUUCCAUCUUUUCUUUCUUUUUAUUCUUUUUACAUUCCAUCUUUUCUUUCUUUUUAUUCUUUUUUUCUAUCUCUUCUUUCAAUUUUUUUCUUUUUUUUCUUUCUUUUUUUAUUCUUUUCUUUUUUUUUAUUUAUAGUUUUUUUAAACAAAACUGUCUUUUCUUUUUCAAUAUUCUUUUUUUUUUUUUUUUUUUUUUUUUACUUUUUUUUCUAUCUUUUCUUUCUUUUUCUUUCUAUCUUUUUUUUUUAUUCUUUUCUUUUCUUUUUACUCAGGAAAAUUCUGAUUUUUUUUUAUUCUUUUUUCUUUUUAUUUUUCUUUCUUUUUAUUUUUUUCUUUCUAUCUUUUCUUUCUUUUUUCUUUUUUCUUUCUAUCUUUUCUUUCUUUUUUCUUUUUUCUUUCUAUCUUUUCUUUCUCUUUAUUCUUGUUUCUUUCCAUCUUUUUUUUAUUCUUUUUUCUUUCUAUCUUUUCUUUUGUUUUUUAAAAUAUACUUUUUUAAAUUCCCAAGUCUUUCAUUCAUUCUUUCAGUCUAUCAUGAUCCCAAGAAAAUUUUCUUUUUUUAGAAAAUUUCCUUCCAUGUUUUUCUUUCUUACAAUUUGUUCUUUGUGUAUUUUUGCUUCUCUGUUUUUUAUUUGUUCAUUUUUUCCAUUCGUUCAUUCUUUCUUUCGUUUCAGUGUUUGUCUCUCUAUUUCUUUUUCUUUUUCUUUGUGUUUGCUUAAAAUGUUUCUUUCUAUCAAUUUUUCUUUUUGUCCUUCAGUCAUUCAUUUUUACCUUCAUUCCUUUUUUCGUUCCACUGUUUGUCUGUAUCUGACUUUUUUCUUUUUAUUUAACUUCCCUUUUUCUCUUUCUUUCUUUCAGUUUGUUUUUUAUAUAUUUUUUAUUUAUUGUUUUUAUUUGUUCAUUCUCUUCAAUUUUUUCUGUCUUUCAUUCAUUCAGUCUUUCAUUCAGUCUUUCAUUCAGUCUUUCAUUCAUUCUUUCUUUCCUUUCACUGAUUGUCUCUGUCUGCGUUUUAUUUUUUCUUCCAUUUUCACUUUAUUUCAAUUUAUACUUUAUAUAUUUUUUCUUUAUUUAUUUUUCAUUUAUUCAUUUUUUCAAAUCAUUUUUUUCUUUCAUUCUAUUAACUGA